AUGAAGGCGAUUGAGGCAGUUGAGCGUCCCCAAUUGCAGGCGCGGCCGACGAUGCGGUCCGGCGACACCGUGCGCGUGCACGUCAAGGUGCGCGAGGGUGAGAAGGAGCGCAUUCAGGUAUUCGAGGGGUUGGUAAUCGCGCAGCACCGCGGCGGCGCCCGCGCGACGUUCACCGUUCGCAAGGUGUCGUUCGGCCAGGGCGUCGAACGGAUUUUCCCGUUGCAUUCCCCGAUCAUCGACAAGAUCCAGGUCGUGCGGUCGGCGCGCGUGCGGCGGGCCAAGCUGUACUUCCUGCGGAAGCUGCGCGGCAAGGCUGCCCGGAUGCGGGAGCGCCGCCGCCGCACUUAG